CAGCCACCAGGAUGAUCAACGCCAUCCUGGUGUUCAACAACCACGGCAAGCCGCGGCUCGUCCGCUUCUACCAGCACUUGACAGAAGAGGUCCAGCAGCAGAUCAUCCGUGAGACCUUCCACCUGGUGCUGAAGCGGGAUGACCACAUCUGCAACUUCCUGGAGUGUGGCAGCCUGUUUGGUGGCUCUGACUACAAGCUGAUCUACCGGCACUAUGCCACCCUCUACUUCGUCUUCUGCGUGGACUCCUCGGAGAGUGAGCUGGGCAUCCUGGACCUCAUCCAGGUGUUUGUGGAGACGCUGGACAAGUGCUUCGAGAAUGUCUGUGAGCUGGACCUCAUCUUCCACAUGGACAAGGUCCACCACAUCUUGCAAGAGGUGGUGAUAGGUGGCAUGGUGCUGGAGACCAACAUGAAUGAGAUUGUGGCACAGGUGGAGGCCCAGAGCAAGCUGGAGAAGGCUGAGGUGAGCAGCCAUGGAGGCCUCUCAGCCGCUCCGUCCCGCGCGGUCUCGGCGGUGAAGAACAUCAACCUGCCCGAGAUCCCUCGCAACAUCAACAUCGGGGACAUCAACAUCAAAGUGCCCAACCUGUCGCAGUUCAUGUGACGCUCCUGCCGCCUGGGCUGGCU